AUGUCGCUGUGCGUGGCGCCACCUGCGCUUCAUACAGUGCCAGCCAAUCGGAGCAAGGCCAUCUACUGUGACUCUGUGGGAUGUGAAGUUCCAGAGACUGUGGGACCGCGUCACUUCAGCCUGCUCCGGAUGGGCUGGGCUUACUCUUCGCACGCAUGGCUUGGUGUGUCCAAUGCCUGGGCGAAGCGGCGCAUGCGGCAAGCAUGGAGAUGUGGAAGAGAGGGCGUCUUCUUGAACAUUGACAUGCUCACGAGCCUGGAGACGCUAACUCAGGCAGCUGAGCCAUUGCAGCGCCUGAGCUUUGAAGGUCUGAAGAGCUCCGAAGCCACCUCCGCCUUCAGUGCAGAUCACCAGGUCUUUGGCAGCUACGGCAGCAUUUGGAGUCUCUUCGCUAUGGCAGAUACGAGUCGUUGGACUUUUGCCAAUGGCUCGGCGGCCUGUGCUGGAGCCUGUGCCCAUGUGGUCGCGCUGCUGCACCUCGUGGCGGAGGUCGACACGUGGCGGAAGUUCUCGCCUGCGAGGCGGUUGCAGGAAAUGCAACAAGUCCUGGCUCCGCUGCCGAUGCUAGAGAAAGACCAGGACUUCUGGGCUGUGGUCACUUGGGCUUGGCGGCGCCUGGCAGAUGCCUGGAAGGAGGACUCCGCUUGGAUCCUGGCACAGCUGACAGAAACGCAGCGCAGCUGUUUCAAUGCCUUGGCCAAGAUGGAGGUGACCUUUGAAAGCUGGAGAGAUCCUCCAGCGGAGUGCCAGGCACCAAAUGCCAUGCCAAGCGCGUUCAUCGCGGCUAGCAUGGUGAGCUUGGACAGCAGCAAGUGGAUCACCUUGCGACCGAGCUUCAGACCUGGGCACAAAUGGCGCAUUUGUGGCAUGCCAGGAGAUGUCGUCAAGCGAGAUCUGGGUCUGGGUGGAAGGCUUGAAGCGACUGUGCUUGGCGCCUGGGCGGAGGAGGAUGGAUCGGCUUGGGAGGUGGAGCUUUCACUCUUCGUGGCACCCAGGGAUCCCUGCGUGCUGGUGGACGGUCAGAGGCUCUUCCAGACACAUCCUCAGAGCUACUUGACGCAAUGGAGCUGCAGCAUGCAGGAUGGCACCACGGCCGUGAGCCAAGGCGCGGUGUCCUACUCGGGGACCGUGGCGCUGCUGCGGUGCCGCUUUGCAUCCGCACCGAGUCGAAGUCAGCCGGUGACGUUGACAGUCUCUUCAACUGUCGAAGCUUUGAGAGCUGCUGGAUGGUCGUUGUCAGGACUCCGACUUUGUCCUUUCCAGCCACUGCCAGCCGUUCCUACUCCUGGGCCCUCACGGUCGCCCUAUGCGCGGAAACUGGUGGUGUGCAGCGAGGUGCUGUAUGGCUUGAAGGGCACCUACAAGUCUGCGUUGGUGCGGCAUUGGUUGGAAUAUCAUCGGUUGAUCGGUGUGGACCACUUCGUCAUCUAUGACCGGGACGGGUCUCUGGAAGUUGAUGGUGUCCUUCAGCCCUACAUCCUCAAUGGCUAUGUCACCUACUUCCCACGCUUCAGUUACUUCGCCUUAUCAGAGCAGCACGAUGCAGUCCACGCGAAGCUUGGUUUGCCAUCUGCUGCGGCACCAGAUGCACAGGCUGCCUCUCAUUGCCUCUUUAUGCAACGUGGCUUAGCAGAAUGGGUCUCCUUUCUACAUUCCCCGGACGAAUAUCUUUCCAAUGAGCGCGGCUUGCGGCAUGUGGAAGAGGUGUUAGGUUUCUUGAGACCUCUCAGAGAGAAAGGCCUGGCAGCUUUAGAUGUCACGGCCAUCUAUUUCACCCGCUCUGCGGAUCCCAUUCCGCGCGGCCCGGCACGUCCCUCCCCAUACCUCUUCGGUCGCUACGUAUAUCGUGCCUCGAAGCCCCUCCAACUGCGGAACUGGGGAAGCCCAGUUGCUGGCUUUCUGAACCGUUUCGGUUCGCCAUUGGUGGUUCCUGAUCGGGUGGGUGACCUGGUUUCCGCCCAUUAUGCGCGACCCUCCGCCGGCACGUUCUUUUUGGAUGAUGUGCCCAUGAACUUCUUUCGUGCCAACCACUAUGGCGAGGCCUUUCAUGUGCGGCCCACCAUUGAGGAAGACGAUGUGCCAGUGAAGGAUGAAAGCAUCCUUUGGGCGGAGGAGGCAAUGUCUGGCUUGAACUUGGAGCCUUUGCCUCCUGGCCCUGAGCCACCCAGCUGA